GUAUGAAUCCUUAUUUACUACUGUCUCAUUGUUUCCUGAAAAUUUCCCGUUUGAGACACUCCGUAAUCAUCUCCUUGAGCAAGAACAACGAGUUCUAUACCUCCGCUCCCUGGACUCUACUUCAGUGCAUCAGGCGUUUGCAGCUUCCUCUACUUCCCCGGGUUCACAGGCUGGAACGCAGCAGCAUACCUCCCAGCAAACUCAACAGCACUCUGCCGGACAACAGCAACACCGCUACUCGAAUCCGCAGCAGCAACAACCGCGUGGCCGCGGGCGAGGGCGAGGUCGAGGCCGCGGGGGACGGGGUCGCGGACGUGGCCAGCAGGCGCAAUACAUGCCGCCCGGACAGUUUGGUUACCCGCAGCAGUUUGGGUAUCCUCCUUCAGGCCCUCACUUUUAUACUCCCGGAGGGGGUGUUCCGCAGGCUCCACAUGCAGGGGGUGUGACCUCUACGGGUACUGUUAUUUGUAAUUCUGCUUUGUCACAUUUAAAUAUUAAUGCUUUAUCUGCUUCGACUACUAACUCUAGUUCCGCAGGCUCAUCAUCAGACGGGGGUAUUCUUGGGUCCGUUCCCCAUCCUGUUGUGUGUCAAAUUUGUUUUUCUGCAGGUCAUUCAGCCAUCACUUGCCCUUCUCGGUUUUCUCAGCCAUCUGCGCCAGCUAUGUUGACAACUCCUGGGGAAACUAAUCCCGCCUUAUGGUAUCCGGAUUCCGGCGCUUCUGCUCAUAUGACAGCAUCUGAAGGACAAAGCAUCGGGGGCGGUGCUUCUACGAGCUACCAGUAGUGGACCACUCUAUCCUAUCCAGUUGCCAUCAUCUUCAUCCUUAGCUUUCGCUUCUAUAUUAGCAUCUGGCCCUG